AUGAAGGAUGGAGUUGACAAUUUUAUAUUCAAUUUGGCAAUUUCCUGUAUAUUUGGUGUUAAAUCGGUCUCGACUGUUCUAUACACGAGUAAUAUUCCUAAUGGAAAAAUUGUUCAAGUAAACGAAUCCUGCAAUCUUAUUGAUCCCUUAAAACCGGUUUUCUUCAUGACUCAUGGUUUUCUUGCCAAUUCACUCAAUUAUAAUUUUCCUUAUUUUGCCACUCUAUUGUCUCAGAAAGAGUAUACAGUGUUUUCAUUAGAUUGGUCUAACGCAGCCUGCUAUAACCCAAUAACAGCUACUAUGAACUUGCUAGAAUAUCCUCUCGCUGUACGUAACACUCGUGAAGUUGGUAUCUAUUUGGCGAGUUACGUCAAAUCAUUGAUCGAUACAUGCGAUGUUCCAUUGAAGAACAUUACGUUAAUGGGCCAUAGUCUUGGUGCGCAUGUAAGUAGCUUCGCCGCGAAGGAUCUUCAAAAAUCAGGUUACGGCAAGAUUCCGCUUCUUAUUGGUACCGAUCCGGCAUAUCCUCUAUUCGUGUUCAAUAAUUGCGAGGACAGAUUUUGCAAAAUGGACGCGGAGCGUGUAGUAGCUCUUCACACAUCGGCUGCCGGGAUACAAGAGUCUAUAGGUCAUCUCGAUUUGUGGUUCAACAACGGAUUAAGCCAACCAGCAUGUGGUGGCUGGUUUUUUGGUACUGUCAGGCUCAACUGUUCGCAUAAUAUAGCCAUCGCAUAUUUAUGUAAUACGUUGUUUCACGAUUGUAAAUAUACUGGUGUUGGUGUUUCUAUAUCACCCAGAACAAUUCCGUUUCUCAAUAUUUUACCCGGUUGUUCUUCCGACGAAACUGACUGCAUUAUCGUGGAUCAUAGGAUAUUCGACCGUAAUUAUGCCAUAGAGGGAGACUACUGUGUUUCUGUUACAUCAGAAUAUCCUUACUGUACAAAGGAUGUUUCCAUCUGUCAAAAAUAAGU